GAAAUUAUACAAAACUUCCUGUAAAGAUGAACUCUCACUUCUGGAAGUUGAGGGGGUGUUUCACCGCCCUCCAUUCCCCACCGGAGCUCAGCACCGGGGACCCUGGUGGUAAAAAGGCGGGCGGCUGCCUGUUGCUACAGCAGCUCCUGGAUGGUUCACGUUCCUGUGCAGUCGGCUCUCUGUUGGAGUGGAGGGCGAUCAUAUCCUGGCCCGCGGGUCUCUCUCUCCCCCACACUCGCGCAUCCACUCUCUCCCGAUCCACGAGUUACUGUCAUUCCUGCAGUAACUCGAAUCGUUAACAUUUUUUCCCACAUGGUCAAGGUAACGAGCAGACAUUGACUUGCACGGAGAGCGAGGCAGCCGUGGGGAGCUGGCAAAGUCAGCUUGGAGUUGCACAGAAUGGGGGUGUGGAGCUGAAUCUUUGCCGGCAGUGUCACUCAGUAAGGCGGGAGGGGGGAGGUCCAACGUCAGUCCCGUGGAGUAUAAAUCGGAGGGGUGAACGCCGCCCGGGAGGGCGACUGUACGCCGUGUGAGUCGGGGAAGGGGCAGCUUCUGUCUGCGCGGAGAGUCAGACGUGAUUCUCUCGCUGUGGAGGAGCGUCGGCUUCACGUCAGCGCCGGCGAUGGUGUGGGGCUGAGCUAUUUUCAAUGCUGAGUCCCUGCCCAUCUGUCCGUGUCUAUGUGGGACAGAGAGAGCGGAGGCGCGGAGCGGGGCUGGCUGCGAGAAUCCACAGGCGGGGGCUGAACGAGGAAAUGCGAGGCGGCGCGCUGGGGGCAGAUCAGAGACGGAGGCAGACCCAACUUGGCCCCAGCCAUCGGUGAGGAGCGAGGAGAGCUCCCCGACCCAAGAUGACACUGGUGGCAGAGGAAAACAUCGACGAGUCGGUGGCGUUGGCCACGUUUUCUCAGGGCAGCUGCGACCCCGAGCUGCUGGGGCAAGAGUGCUGCGAGCGGGCUCUCAUCAACAUCUCGGGGCUGAGGUUCGAGACACAGCUGAGGACCCUGGCCCAGUUCCCCGACACCUUGCUCGGCGACCCGCGGAAGAGGAUGCGCUACUUCGACCCGCUUCGCAACGAGUAUUUCUUCGACAGGAACCGGCCCAGCUUCGACGCCAUCCUCUAUUACUACCAGUCGGGCGGGAGGCUGAGGAGACCCGCGAACGUGCCCGUCGACAUUUUCAUGGAGGAGAUUAAAUUUUACGAGAUGGGGGAAGAGGCCAUCGACAAUUUCCGCGAGGAGGAAGGUUUCAUUAAAGAGGAAGAGCGCGUCUUGCCGGCCAACGAGUACCAGCGGCAGGUUUGGCUGCUGUUCGAGUACCCGGAGAGCUCAGGCUCCGCCAAGGGCAUCGCCAUCGUGUCCGUGCUCGUCAUCCUCAUCUCCAUCAUCAUCUUCUGCAUGGAGACCCUGCCCGUGUUCCGCGAAGAUGCGCGCCUGGAGCCCAGGACGGUGGCCGUCAAUGGCACCGACACGCUGGGGACAAACAUAUUCACCGACCCCUUCUUCAUCAUCGAGACUCUCUGUAUUGUCUGGUUCUCCUUCGAACUGUUGGUGAGAUUUUUCUCGUGUCCCAGCAAAUCCACCUUCUCCAAGAACAUCAUGAACAUCAUAGACAUCGUGGCCAUCAUCCCCUAUUUCAUCACCCUCUUCACUGAGUUGGUCUACCACCAGUCCAACGGGCAGCAGACCAUGUCCUUGGCCAUCCUCAGGGUCAUCCGGCUGGUUCGCGUCUUCCGCAUCUUCAAGCUCUCCAGGCACUCCAAGGGUCUCCAGAUCCUGGGCCAGACCCUGCAGGCCAGUCUGAGGGAGCUGGGUCUUCUCAUGUUCUUCCUCUUCAUCGGUGUCAUCCUCUUCUCCAGCGCCGUCUACUUCGCCGAGACGGACGACCCGGACUCUAGCUUCUCCAGCAUCCCAGACGCUUUCUGGUGGGCAGUGGUCACCAUGACCACCGUAGGCUACGGGGACAUGCACCCCAUCACCAUCGGAGGUAAGAUCGUGGGGUCCCUGUGCGCCAUCGCCGGGGUGUUGACCAUCGCGCUGCCCGUGCCCGUCAUCGUGUCCAACUUCAACUACUUCUACCACAGGGAGAACGAGCAUGAGGAGCAAGUCGAGUACAUGCACAUCAGCAGCGGGCAACAGGCGAACUCCAUGGGGCAGCUCAAGGCCAGCGACCAGUCCCUCAACAAGAGCGAAGCGGAAGACAACGUGGACGCGUUGAUCAAUGAUCAUCAGUACCCCGACUACACCCCCAUCAAACAGAGGUCGUCAGACAACCAAACCAGGAAAACAUUCACCGACGUAUGAUGGGCGGGAGGGACGGAGCGGGGACUGAAAAAAUCUCCAUCAAGUCACGUUAACAACAGACAUUUUCUGAUGUUCAGCCUCACUAUCCCACGGAGGCUGAAAAUUGUACAAACACAUUCGUGGCAGAAUUAGAUCUCGGCGGUGGAAAUGCGUCGGAUUGUUCAACACUGUUUUAGCUUUACGAUCAACAUGUUAAAUUGUCGACAUUUUCUGCGGUUUCCUCUAAGGAGACCGCCGCUUGUUUUUGCUUUGAUUUACACAGCCCGUUAUUCUACUUUCAGCUGAUCUUUAAAGCAUACCAGCUAAAUUGAAUUAAAAAAAAAACCCAGACUGAAGAAGGGUCUCGCUACAAAGAUGCUGCCUGUCCCACUGAGUUACUCCAGCAAUUUGUGUCUACCUUCGAUUUAUACCAGCAUCUGCAGUUCUUUCCUACACAAAAGCCCAGACCAAAUGUAUUGUUUCACCGAUCCCAGUGAUUCUGUGCCGGGCGGGGGUUCGGGGAUUUCGAUAGCGAGCGUGUGUGUUUCCACGGGGAAGUGGGUUUAGUCCCCACGCCCACCCUUCGCCACCUCAGCGGAAAAACGCCUGACCCCAAGGGGCAAGAAACAAUGCUUCAGGAUUUUUAAACCGGUUGGAAAACGAUUGCAAAGAAAGCGGAGGCGGCAGAGCGAGGAAUCAAAUAGCAAUCAGAGAAAGAGAGAGAGAGGAGCACAAGGUGGAUCACGAACGAGAACAAACAGCUUCUGGUACAAUGUCAGAAAUGAACGCCCAAAUUGCAACGACUCCACCAUUCAACUGACCCCGACCCUCCGGAGGUUUUGUCAAGCACUUUUCAUUAGAAUAGCUAAUAAAUUCGAUCAAUUCGACGUGCCAUCGCCCCUCUCCAAGCUCCACGGGCGGAGAGCGGGCUAAAGCCCCUUCGCUUGUUCACCAUCAGCGACAUUGUGUUUUUUUUUAAUAUCGAAGUUCGCAUUUGUGAGGAAAGGGGGAUCGGUACGUUAAAGCAACGGUGGCUGUGCUUGCAUUCGUGCCAUUUUGUGCUGCUCCCGCGGUUCCGCUUGCUCGCCAGCCCUACUCCUCCUGAGAGGACGAGCGUGGCCGAGGAGAGACACAACAAGGACACGUGUGAGCUCCGGCUGCGCCGCCGACUCGUCAGCACCUCCCCGUGGCGUCGGCGGUCGGCAUAGCAACCGCCUUCUCGCCCGCCGGCCCGAGCUGUCAAUGAGAACAAACCCUUCACAACUGACUGCGUUAUUCUACAAAAGCGCCCAAACAUCGCUGGCUGCAGCCUCUAGACAAUGUAUCACUGCCGUGGAGCAGGAUCGAAUUAUUCUCUAUCCAAUGGCUCAACGUGUUACAAUUUAGCUCCCAGAACGACACAACUAACGUGUUGUAAACCAGCAUCUGCAGUUCCUUGUAUAUCUCCAAUUCAGCCCAACCUUGACUCUGUUUUAACAGCGCAGCUGUGCAUCGAAACCAACGUGAAUACAUUUUACUUUGCGAAUAAUCAAUCGCUAUUUUUCAAUUACAAACUGGCAAAAUUUAUCAAUUGAAAUUAUUUCCAACCGUUACUGACUUUAAGGACAGAAAUGUUGGCGUAACGCAGCAGGUCAGGCAGCAUCUCUGGAGAACACGGACA